AUGGCGCGAGAAUGCCUUACUUGGUGGGACGAAGACCCGGGGGCAUGGCACGAUUUUGCCCAGCCGCCUGGACUUGAUAGGCUAACAAAGCAGCUAUGGGUACGUAUGAAGAAGAGAAGCCUACUUCACCAGGCUCACCUACAGCUUCGGGCCCGCAGCCUUCACCGUCGCGUGGUUCUGGAGGCGGCCGCGGCGGCCUCACCGCAUGAGACGGUGUUGCCGCUUCCGGCUUCGGAUUUCGACGGCUGCGGCCACACCAUGAACCACCCAGUCCUCCGGGUCACUACAGUCGAGCUCGGCCGGCCUCUGUCUCUCAUCGACGAUACACAGAUAUUGAUGACGGGGUACAGCUCAGGAUUGCCUCUUCGUGCCCCAGGAUGCUUUCCUGUGGUCCACCACACCCAACACUUCUCAGUCUAUGCGGAUACUCUGCGCUUCCGUCCAUCUUUUGCGACGGGCCGACAGGACGAUUGA